AUGGUUUCCUUCAAUAGAAGCACUGAGAUCUUAACCUCACCCGAGGGCUCUACGCAUAGGAAAGGCAUCGCAACUCCCGUCUCCAGCAACGAUGAAUUCGAAACAAUAAGCCCCGUCUCUAGUGACCUCUGUGAUGAUAUUGCCAUCAUUGGGAUGGCAUGUCGUGUCCCUGGCGAUGUCAAAUCCCCCUCCGAGUUAUGGCAGUUCCUGCUUGAUAAAGGCGAUGCAUCAGGCGACAUGCCCUCCUGGCGUUGGGAGCCCUAUCGGCAGCGUCAUCCCCGCAAUGCGAGCAUACUGGACCAGACAACCACGAAGGGAUAUUUCCUCAAUGACAUUGAUCACUUCGAUGCUAGCUUCUUCUCUAUUUCUCCACGUGAGGCGGAGCAAAUGGAUCCCCAGCAGCGUAUUGCCCUGGAGGUGGCCUGGGAGGCUUUGGAAAAUGCAGGCAUUUCCCCUUCCAGCCUUGCUGGUUCGAACACGUCAGUUUACAUGGGUGUCAACUCCGACGACUACGCCAAGCUGGUACUGGAAGAUCUUCCCAGUGUUGGUGCACAUAUGGGUGUUGGGACUGCCUAUUGCGGUAUUCCUAGCCGUAUUUCCUAUCUACUGGAUCUGAUGGGUCCCAGUGUUGCACUAGAGGCCGCCUGUGCAUCAUCCCUGGUUGCUGUCCAUCAUGCCAGACAAGCAAUUCGAGCUGGCGAGACUGAUCUUGCCAUUGCGGGUGGUGUCAAUGCACUUCUUGGACCUGGCUUAACCCGCGUACUAGACGAAGCCGGGGCCAUAUCAGCGGAUGGAAAGUGUCGUUCCUUUGACGACUCGGCCAGCGGGUAUGGUCGAGGUGAAGGGGCGGGAGUUGUCAUUCUAAAACGUCUUGAUAAAGCCGUCAUGGAUGGUGACCAAGUGCUAGCCGUACUAAAGGGUAGUGCGGUGGCAUCUGACGGCAGGACACUUGGAAUAAUGGCGCCUAAUGCGCAAGCACAGCUUCUUGUUGCACAGAAGGCGCUCAAAGAGGCGAAAGUUACAUCUGACUCUAUCAACUACAUCGAAGCUCAUGCUACUUCUACAUCGCUAGGAGAUCCUACAGAGAUGAGCGCACUGGCUGAGAUAUAUGGUGCGGGAUCCGGACGCCAUCCAACUGAUCCGUGCUAUGUAGGCUCCAUCAAGCCAAAUAUCGGACAUUUGGAGGCUGGUGCUGGCGUCAUGGGUCUGAUAAAGGCGGUUCUUGUGCUUCGCUAUUGCCAGGUGCCUCCGCAAGCCAAUCUACAGACCUUGAAUACUAAGAUCGAUUGGGAUAAGAACUUACUAUGCUCGCCCCGCGAGCUAGUGACGCUCCCGGAACCUAGUCCAUUACGGCCGUUACGGGCGGCUGUAGCAUCGUACGGAUAUAGUGGCACUGUAUCGCACGCCAUUAUUGAAGCCUUCAAUGGUCGAUCCUCAUUCGAGGAGCGAUUGGCCCAGACUCCAGAUGAUGAUGUCACGCCGGUUCUGCUUCUCUUGUCCGCACCUCAAGCGAACCGCAUCUCUAUAGCAGCUAGAAGGCUAAGCCAGUGGUUGUGCGACAAUAAUGGAGAAGUUUCAUUAUCGGCGGUGGCUACGACACUAUCCCAGCGCCGAGCGCACCACCGGUUCCGCCACGCGAUCGUCGCUGACUCCGUUGCAAAUGCUAUCGCUACACUCAAUGAUGUAGCCCAAGAUGUGCCAAAUCCCUGGGCGCAUAAUGGCCGAGACGGGAAAGAAGCUUUCAAAGGUCCGGUUUGGGUAUUCUCAGGACAUGGUGCACAAUGGCCUGAGAUGGGUCUCCGGUAUUCGCGCAAGUGGUACACAAUCUGGAACAAUCUGGAGCCCAUCAUUCAGGCCGAGUUAGGAUUCUCUGCGAUUGAAAUCCUAAAUUCCUGCUGUCCAGACCGCACCGAUGUGAUCCAGGCGAUGACAUUCCUCAUACAUAUGGGAAUUGCUGCAUUGUUUGAGCAGAAGUGUGGUCCUCCUAUCGCUGUUGUCGGCCAUUCAUUGGGAGAAGCGGCGGCGGCAGUUGUCUCUGGAGCUCUGACUUGGCAGGAAGGGGCCUUGGUCGUCUGUCGUCGAGCACGGCUUUAUCGCGAAUUCAUGGGCAAAGGUUGUAUGGCGCUAGUUAGAAUACCGGCUUCUGAUGCCAGUUCUCGCAUCGCUACGCACCCUGGUGUGUCCGUGGCAAUCGAGACAUCGCCUUCUUCAUGUGUGCUGUCUGGCACCAUUAAUGCCGUCCAACGCAUAUCUGAAAAGCUGCGCGAAGAAGGCAUCGAGGUUCGUGCUAUUUCCUCCGAUGUGCCUUUUCACACGCCACUGCUGGAAAGUCUGACAGGCCCUCUGCUGGAGGCGCUACAAGGCGAGCUCAACCCCCAAGCGCCACAUAUAGCUCUUUAUUCAACAUCACUAGAGGAUCCACGAUUAGAGGCGCCACGUAAUGCGCAGUACUGGGUGGCAAACAUGAUCCAACCGGUCCGACUACAGUCAACAGUGGCAGCACUUGUGGAUGACGGGUUCCGAGCAUUUGUCGAGUUAUCGAGUCAUCCCAUCGUGACUCACUCUAUCAUUGAAACGGUUAGCGAAAAGACAAAAGAUAGAUUUAUCGCAACACCGACCAUGGUGCGCAGACAGCCGGCAUUAAAAAGCAUAUUGGCUGGUGUAGGGCGUCUGCACUGCUUUGGCUGCCCCAUGAAGUUCACAAAUCCCAACCCGAGCGCUGCAUGGAGCUCCUCAGUGCCCUGUACUACCUGGGAUCACCAGCCAUUCUACCGUGCCGUGGGCAGGAUGACGGCUGCACAGUUAGCGCCAACGCACAACCCAGCGGCCAAUGAUCUACUGGGUUCUCGCACCGCCCUAUGGGGAACUGACGAAGUGCUUUAUCAAACCCACCUGCAGGAUGAUAAUCGGCCCUUUCCCGGCCGCCAUCCAUUACAUGGGUCCGAGAUCGUACCCGCUGCCGUACUAUUGCGUACAUUUUUGCGUGCACUGUCACCUAGGAGCGUCGAGAAGGUUUCUCUCCAAGUGCCUGUAGUGGUUUCUCCACCGCGUGAGAUCCAAAUCCGACAAAAUACACAGAUAAUCUCUAUAACAUCCCGUUUGGAAGAGGCAACAAGCGUCGAGGACGGAUCCUGGCUUGUCAACACUACUGCCACUGUGGGUACAGCGGAUGCAGCACCCUCCUUCGGCAAUGUUGAUCUGGCGGUUAUCAGCAAAAGAAUGUCACAGAAGCUGCCAGAAAACUUUUCAAUUGAAUAUCUCGCAUCUGUGGGUGUUUCAGCCAUGGGAUUCCCUUGGCGAGUAGUGAACCAUAUGGCCAACAACAACGAGAUGCUAGCCAGGGUAGAGGCCAACUCAGCAAGUGUCCCCGGUAUGAACGAUUCUCUAACCUCCAUUAUGGAUGCAGCGACUUCGAUUGCUUCGACCCUUUGGCAUCACGAGCCCCGGCUACGGAUGCCCACGGCUGUCGACCGUGUCGUGUCAGUCAAUGUGGCUACUCCGGAAGUCGUGUACAUCCACUGCACCAAGGCACAAUCGGCUGUCAACAUAGCUGAUGUGAUCAUCAUCAGGGAGGAUGGAAUGGUCCUGAUGGAAAAACAGGGCAUGGCAUUUGCGGGCGUGGAAGGCGAGUCCUUCUCGGGAAAAAGCACUUCAGGUCUCCCGCCAGCUGUGCUGACCGAGGAGCCAUUGGAGUUUGCCCACAUCGCAUUCCUCGCAUCCGAUACCACCAAUACCCAGCUGGAGACAUACAUAAGGCAGCUGGAUAGCCGAGGGAUAUCUACUUCUAUCCAUCAAGAUACCACAGACUUGCCAUGGGGAAUUCAUCCGUCUCUGGCAGUCUUCUACCUCCCUCAAGUCACAGAUCAAAUUUUCGACACUGCUACCAUCGCCUGCGAUGGCCUCGUUGCUGCUGCGCAGGCUAUCCUGCGCUUAGGCUCCGAUGAAAAGACUGUGCGGCUUUUCGUCAUCACCUCCGAGGGCAAUCUAGGCCACAGCGCCCUCACUGGCCUUAGUCGUGUUAUUUUCGCGGAGCAUCCUGAAAUCUGGGGGAGCCUUAUCAAUGUCGAAGACUAUUCCACAUUCCCCUUCAUGGCAAUGCGAUACGUCAACAAUGCUGAUGUAAUCAAAAUACGCGACGGGGUUCCGCGCACCGCCCGCCUUCGUCCGCUCCGCUCCGCCCCACUCCGCUCCACUCCCGCUCCGGGGACUAUCACUUUCUCCCCAGCAGCCACUUAUCUAAUUACUGGUGGGCUCGGGUCCCUGGGCCUUUCAGUGGCUAAUUGGAUGGCUAGUCAAGGUGCACGACGUAUUGUGCUUGUUUCUCGUCGCUCCUUAUCGCCACGUUCCACUUGGAUGACCUCACAAUGCACCGAUACUCAAUCUACUAUCGAAAGUUUACUUUCUCUCGAACGUCUCGGCGCUACUAUCUACCCUCUCGCUAUUGAUAUAUCUCACCCAUCUGCAGCAACCAACCUCCGCUCGGCGCUGGCCACCCUUAACCUCCCACCCGUAGCUGGCGUAGUUCACGCUGCUGGCGUCCUCUGCGACCAGCUAGUCGAACAAAUCACCCCAGAAGCAUUCAAAGCUGUGUUGGCACCAAAGAUAGCAGGCGCAUUAGCACUCCACACUGUCUUCCCACCUAAUUCUCCUAGUCUAGACUUCUUUGUCCUCUUCUCAUCCUGUGGGCAACUGCUAGGUUUCCCUGGCCAAGCAUCGUACGCAAGCGGGAAUGCGUUUUUGGACGCUUUGGCUGAAUCAAGAAAAAUAGAGGGUGACAAUGUCCUCUCUCUUCUCUGGACAUCAUGGCGCGGCAUGGGUAUGGGAGCCAGUUCAAAUGGCGCCUUGGGGGCGGAGCUAUAUGCUCGUGGUAUCACAGAUGUGACACCUGACGAGGCAUUCAAAGCCUGGAGCUCCAUUUCCUCCAUUGCAGAGGCAAAUCACGGUGUUGUUCUCCGGGCUAGAUUGCUUGGAUCUGGAGAGCCAUUGCCUCAUGCCAUCCUCAAGGAUAUUGUUGGUUGGAAAAAGACAAGUGUGAAUGAGGGCGAGGCUGGCAAAAUUGAAGAAAAAAAGAAAUUGACUGGUCAGGAGUUGAUGGAGCAUUUGCGUGUUGUUGUGAAGAAAUGUGUGUCGAAGACGCUGUCCAUUGUGGAGGAAAUCGAUGAGACGGUAGCCUUAUCAGAGAUGGGAAUGGAUUCGGUAAUGACAGUCCAUUUCAGGAUGUCUUUGCAGCAGGCAUUGGCUGUCAGUGUUGGACCAACUUUGUUGUGGAAGUACCCGACGGUUCGUCAUUUGGUUGAGCACCUUUAUCAGGCUUUGGACGAAAAGUCCUCUUCUUAG